GCGUCCUCACGAUCGUCGCGCCAAGAAGACAUUCUCGACUCUUUUCGCGCUCUUCGGAUUUUUUAAAAAUUCUUUGGUUGCUAUUAUUGGAUGAAAUUAUAAUAGUGAAAUUAAUUUUUGUGUAUAUUUGUGUCAAUAGAUUUAUCCAAAUCACGAUGAUGAAGUUUGAAACGCUGGUCUUGGUGGUGCGUCUACGAAAUUACUACUCGAUGGGGGGCAGAAAAAAUUUCUACGGCCACACGCGGUAGAGGGAUUAAUUGAUGCCCCUGGCAUGGCGUAGUUAGGCAAUAAUGGAAUAGCUUAAUAAUUAAAUUAAUUAGAUAAUUAACUAAUUGUUUUUAAAUUUUGAGCCAUCCCCCCGUCCCCCUUAACUUAACAAAUGGCUGUUUAUAGAAACUACUAUAACAGAAGAACUCUAUCUUGGACAGUCAUGGUGUCCUGUCUUUAUUUGCUUUGUAGUACAGCGAUUGGCACUGUGUCUUCUAGUAUGGCUAAUGGAGAAAAGUUACGACAUCAUCAUAUGAAAAAUCAAAUCGAAAAGAACCCUUCGGGUUUUAAUGAUGCCGCCAAAGCGGCCUCCCUAGGUUGUCCCAAUUGUUUAUUAUAUAAUAAACAUGAUAAAGAUAAGGAAAGGAUAGAGUCCGAUAAGUUAAGGCUGGAAGCAAUAAAAAAGCAAAUUUUGCAAAAGUUGGGCUUGAGUGCGAAACCUAAUGUGACGCAUAGUCUUCCUAGGGAGGUGGUCUUAGAAACUUUGAGUAGGGCGGAGGAGGGGGAUUUUUUUAGCAAAAUUGAGGAAGAAGAGUUUCCAACGACUAGUGAGAAAAUUAGGAAUAAUAUGGAAACUGUAGACGUAGAUGAUUUUUAUGGAAGAACCAGUGAGAUUAUUUCAUUUGCUGAACAAGGUUCUUGGGUGAACCAGAAUAGACUGUUGGAGUUUCAAGUUAGUCCUGAAGCGGGAAGUCAGAUGGGCCAAGACUUUAAAGUGAGAGAAGCCAUAUUGUGGCUUAAGGCUGACUUAAUUAAAAUGGGGUCAACCAAGUGUAGAUCGACUGAUAUAUACGUUUUUAAAAUCAUAUCUAAUAGGUUGCCUGAAUCAGUUUCGCUUAGUUCUAAGCAAUUCGAUAGAUUAACAUCAGAACCAGUAUCAGUAACUCUAGAUGAGUUAAAUAGCGGUUGGCAAAAGAUUGAUCUCACAGAUACGGUCAGAAGGUGGCUAAGCGAAUCUAGCAAAGACAAGUUGAGAUUAUUUGUGGACUGUAGUUGCUGUGCCCAUUGGUAUGUUCAUCUAUUCAACGAGGAUCGCGACACUAGGUCAAACCCGAACCGGCCGUUUUUGGUGAUCCAUACAGAUCCUAACACGGCGAAAAGAGUGAGAAGGAGAGCGAUAGACUGUUCUGUAGAUUCAGGAAAUCAAUGCUGUAAGCAGCGUUUUUAUGUUAGUUUUAAGGCUCUAGGAUGGGAAGACUGGGUGAUAGCUCCACAGGGGUACUACGCGAACUACUGUCGAGGAGACUGUGGCCACCAUCGCACGCCCGACACAUUCGUAACUUACCACACGCACGUGAUAGAAGAAGUCCGAAAAACGCAACAUUUAUCAGGUAUGACCCCGUGUUGUGCCCCACUAAAGUUUUCUAGCAUGUCUUUAAUUUAUUACGGUCCCGAAUCGACGAUCAUUAAAAGAGACUUGCCAAAGAUGGUCGUGGAUGAGUGCGGAUGUCCGUAAAAACAAUCCUAAUAGUUCUGGACUAUAUUAAAUUUAUAUUUCAAUUGAUGCGAAUAAUGUGGCUUAUGAAGAAGACAUUGAGGGUUCUUAAUGGUAAAAGAAUUCUGGUUAGGAAAGAAAGCCUGUGACGCUGAUGUAAAUCAGAACUUGGAUUUUACGGCGGACAAAAAUGAGUAUCAUGAUAGUUAUUAAGAUGAAGUUUGAUGACUAAGAGCUUUGUUCUUAAGUUUUUUAGGGAAAGUUUGUUUAGAGAAUUAGACAAUGGUUUGUGGUUGCAAAAUUAUUAUAGAAGGUUAUUUAUUUUUAACUCUUAAGCUCACUUACUUAAUAAAAUUUUAAAUUUGAUUAAUAAGAAUAUUUUAUCACCGAUAUCUUUUUUAUAGUUAAAUAUAUAUAGUUAUCAAUUAGCAAGUAAA